AUGGUCAUACAGCAUACAACAGUUUUGCCCUUUGUAUUAAUCGAGAUGAGAACAACACAUCAUCAGUAUCCCAGCAGGACCUGUGGACUGGCUGCAGUGUGCACCUUCGCUGUUGGCUAUAUUUUAUGGGUGUGCUGGAUUCACCACGUUACAGGAGUGUGGGUGUACCCGCUUCUUGAGCACCUCAGCCCAGGUGUCAAAAUAAUCUUUUUUGCAGCUGCUACUGUAAUAAUUAACAUAUUCUACUUGGUGGGAGAGGUCCUGAACAACUACAUCUGGGAUACCCAAAAAUGUAUUGAAGAAGGAAAAGAAAAGCCGAAAUUGGACUGAACAAUAGAGGCAACAUGGAGGAUUGUUUAUGAUUCUAUGGAAGAUUUCUCAUCCCCGACAGAGGUUGGCAUGGAGAGGAAUCUUUUGGAAAGGAGGAAGUUUAAUGGGCCCUCUGCUCAGUGCAGGGAUAUUUUUGGGUUUUUUAUGGGGGGAAAAUGAUUUUAGCAGAGAAUAAUAAUAAUGUUUCAACCUCCAUUCCUAUUCCUCCACGCUUGCAUGUGACAUACACAUAUAAGAUGUAUAUUUAUCUCCACGGCAUUCUCAAUGUGCAUUUCUUGCAUCAAAUAAGUCAUUAAAUCAUUAAGUCAUUAAAUCUUUUCACUUCCACCAAGAAGAACAAUGAGUCCAUUCUGUGUAUUGUUUGAGAAAAGCUUAACCAGAUAGGUCUAAUAUGGGGAAACCAAACAAUCCUAUAUAUUUCAAAGUACAGUGUAAAAAUGCAGUAGAAGUUAAUUGCAUGAAUGUAUCCGAAGAAGAAUUCAAUCUGACUGAAAUAUUAAUGUAACACUAUGUAACAGCUGCCUUAAAUCGGUGAUAUUAAUAGUUUUAUCGGUCCAGUAGAAUCUUAAUUUGCAGUGUUAGACUAUCUGAAUACGAUACAACUUUUCUUAAAUAGGCCUAAAUAAAGAUCAA